GUCGAGGUUACGCGCGCGCGACUCUUGCUCUCUAUUCUACAUCGCGGAUACGCAAUUUUCAGCACGAAUCAUCCUCCAUUGAAUUCCGUAAUUUCGCCUUCGCUGUAAAUUGAAGGAGCUUCGCAUUGAAGGACCACUAACAUCGAAGGAUUUAUUUGUGACAAUCGGUUUCGCAACUGUGAUAACAGUGAUUUUUCUAUCGACGUAUAUUUAGUGUUUUGUGCCUUUUCGUUAACUGUUAUUCUUUAUGCUUUAUUGAACUAUCUAAUUGGAUUUUUUCUUACUCUUCGCAUUCGGAUGAUGUUUGCUACUGCUUAAGCGGUCGAUUUUCCUGUAGGUGAGAAGAGAACCAUGGAUCGCGUAUUGGUAAAAUUAUCAUCAGUGUUAUCGUUAGUGCUGUGCAUAGUGAAUGUCUCGUGGGGAGCGCGAUGGGCCCAUUCCGUCUAUUUGAGUCCGGAUUACCGAUUGUUGUGGGUGUUGGGGCCAGGUCCGCAGGAUAUCACGUUCGAAUUGCAAGUUAGGACGCUGGGGUACGUCGGUUUCGGGUUCUCUAAAGACGGCCGCAUGGCCGGAUCGGACAUGGUCAUCGGCUGGGUGGAUCACAAGCAGGUCUAUUUUCAGGACCGACACGUUAAGGAUUCACCCGGAACGGCUAUAGACAGGGAACCCGAAGUGGAUCUGAGUCAGGAUUAUCAACUUUUGCUGGGCUACGAGAAUAACACUCACACUGUUUUGCGCUUCAGACGACGGUUGGACACAUGCGACCAUCAUGAUGUUCCCAUUACGAACGACACAAUGCGCAUUAUUUGGGCCUUCCACAAGGACGAGCCCGUCGGCGGCGCCGUCAGCCACAAUUCGCUGCCUCAACACGAAAUGGCAAACAGGGGCAGCCAGUCGUUGUAUUUGGUCCAAAGAGCCGACCAAGAAUCGCCGGCACCUGAGGAAACUGCUAGAGUUUGGGAACUGAGAAAUCCCGCCAUCGAACCGCCGCCGCCAGGAGAAUACGUUUACUGGUGUAGAAUAUUUCAAAUACCGUCGAUAACCAGGAAGCAUCACUUAAUUAGAUACGAACCGCUGCAAGGCAUCAACGGCGCGAGCGGUCUCCAACAAGUUGUGUUGUACGAAUGCCAAGAUAACAGUAACAUAGAAAAACUAGCGGAGACUCCGGGUCGUCAGUGUUACGACAGCCAUUCGCAGCCGUUUUCCUGCAACACAGUGGUGGCGAGCUGGGCGCGCGGCUCCGAAGGUUUCAGUUUCCCCCCGGAGGCGGGCUAUCCCUUGGACUCCCAAAACGCCAAGUACUAUCUCUUGGAGACGCACUAUCAGACUCCUUUGGACGGAAGCGUCGCGAACUUGGACGGGUCCGGCUUGCGGUUGUACUACACGCCGGAAUUGAGGAGACACGACGCUGGGGUGAUUUCCAUCGGCAUGGAUCCGAACUGGCGGCACAUCAUACCGCCCGGUCAAAACAAGGUGAUCUCUUCGGGUCACUGCGUUUCCGCUUGCACCAAGCAGGCUUUCCCGCACGGCGGUGUCAACAUGUUCGCGGUAGUGAUGAAGACUCAUAAAAUCGGUAAACAAGUGGCCCUCAAACACAUCCGCGGCUCCCUCGAAUUACCGCCGAUCGCGAGCGACGACAACAUCGACUCCGAUUACCAGGAGUAUAGAAAGUUGAAUGUGCCCGUGCGAAUUCUUCCCGGUGACCAUUUAAUAACGCAGUGCACGUAUAACAGUUCCGGCAGGACCGCCAUCACGUUGGGUGGAUUGAACAGCCGCGAGGAAACCUGCUUGGUCAUGGGAUUGUACUAUCCCAGGCAGAAGGCGCUAGCGGCUUGCCACAGUUUGCCAAGUUUGCCCACUGUUCUGCAUUCGUUGGGUAUCCAGGAACUUAGUCCUGGUACGAACCCUGUGCGGAUAACAGCUCCACCGGAACUGGCCGGAAUGACUUUGGAAACUAGAUUAGUAUCCUACGAUUGGGACAAUCAAUUUCAAAGUUUUCAAGAUGCCACGAUGAAGGGGUCCUUCAAACCCUUGUGUUGGACAUCGCAAUCUACUUUGUUGCCGGACACGGAUAAGGAUUCCCAUUAUCCGAACGUGUCGAAACCGUACGUGAAAAACGUGAUCGACCAGUGCAACUAUCGAAGGUACAGCACGGAAGGCUGGCCCGGCGGUACCCCGCUCAUCGAACUGGACGGCAACCACAUAGAGGGCGCCGCCCGCAGCAAAGUGUCCAGGAGCAGCUCGCCGGCCGUCGAGGAGUCCCUGGGACUGAGCCGGUUCAACGUGGCCUCCAACUACUCGCUCAGCAACUUGGCCACGAUGCUCGCGAUAUUCCUGGUGUGGUUCAAUCGUUGAAGUGCGCCGGUCGCGUUGUAGGAAUUUUUUUCAAAUAUUAUAUCGAAUCGUUUCGCGAAGACUGGUGAGAAAGAAAGAGACUGUUUAAAACGAAUUGUUUUUUUUUGAGUCAUGUUUUGCUAGUCCGAUCGGCCAGAGGUUUAAAUUAAUUGUGAACUACGUUAGUUUAUUCUGUAAUAGGUAAGUAGGUUGGGUGGAUGGUGAAGCGUUUAGAAUUUGAAAGGCAAACACGCAAACUAUAGGGUGAUAUUCAAAAAGUUUAAUAGUAGAAUAUACAAGCUGUUUACUCUUCAACGUUAUUAUGACUAUCUUUUUUUAGCGUAAUAUUGAAAUAGAGUAGUCAUUUUAACAAUUUCACAAUAUUUUUUUUCAAUGUCAUACCAUCCUGUAUAUAUGCUGGGUAAAUAAUAGAUAAUUCUUGUAGAACGUUCCAUUUUAUUUUCGAUCGAUUAUUGUCUCUUGAAAACGACAAAGAGAGACAAUUCCGUUAACGACGACAAAAAAAUAACGAGGAAAUCAAUGGAGGGGAAAAGCGAAACAAAGCGUUAUUUAAUCAAGCAUAUCGCAUUUGAAGCUGCUAAUCAGAAAGGCACUCCGCACCGAGAAUGUGUAAUCGUCUCGGUUUUUAUUCAGUUUUGCGGCUCCUUCAGAAAAAAAAUUAAAUUCGGGUUUUUGUGCGCCUCUUAUAAUUGAUGCAGUAUAAUUAAAUUUGCUCAAUUUUUUUCAAAAUACCUACUAGUAAACUUUCAAAAAUUUGUAAAGUUACUUUCGGGUUAACUUAUUAUCAAGUAUACCUGCAUUUUAUUCAAAAACGCAAGACUGUGCUUUUAACACAACGAACACGUAGCGCUCUCCUCGUUGCCGAAGUUCAAAGGAAAAACGUUCGGGGGUCGUAAAUUUUGUAUACAUUGUUCCGCUAAACGGGUACGAAAUUUUACGCUAAGAAAAUUUCCCGUAACCGAGCGAACAGUGUUUAUCAUCGCCUAAGACGAUGAUGUUUACGGCCAUUUUUAAUCUAACGAAUUCCCUGACGGCCUUUCGCCGACGAAAAUUGGGAGAGUUUUACGUCGGAAGUGUGACGGAUUUUUCGCGUCGGAUCGAUCGAAGUUCUCGAAGAAUGCGUUUAAUUUGUUUAUCACCUGAAAGAACUCCUGAGCCUAAAAAUUCGAACGCUUCGCCGAAAAUCGGGAAGAUUUUUAUAAAAAAUAAUAGUCGCGGCACGAACGCCGAUUUUGGACGAGAAAAUACGCCGCCAUGGUCUGUGAUGCAAGUAGAUUUUAAGCACUAUUUCGUAUUCCGUUUUCCUUCUUCAGCUACUACACGUAGUUUUCGCCUUUGUUGUUGACUAGUUCCACGAUUUGGGUUCCUCAUAUGUUUAAGAUUGGUGUCAAAUCGAUGCUGAAGUAACGAGAGCGAUCGAGAUGAUAAGGUAACUUUUUUCGAUUAUAUAAUUUAAAUGAACGAUUUUUAUCAGCAAAUAACGCAUUUUUAAUUCAAUGCAUAACUGAUUGGUCGUUAUUUGCGCUGAAUAAUAAUGACACUGUGCUUAUUAUUUUACCAUUUUAAAGGGUUGCGUUUAAUUAAAUUGUGUUUAUCUAACUCCGCGAAUGGUAAAAUAGCUGGGUGUCUAUCAAAGCGAUUUAAUACAAUUCGUUACGGGGAAAAUAUGUUAUUGAAUUCUAUAUAACGCAAUUCAUUUGCAAACAAUAGGGCCAUUUUUGAAUAAAUUUAUUGGACGAAUAAAAUUAUCAUCUUGAUUGUAAUCUACUGAUUAGAACAUAGAAAAUAUUUAUGGAUUUUGCAAAUACAUGAUGAGGGCUUCUACUAAAUCUUGUAAUUCUUUCCUGUCUUCAUACAUUGAAAGCAGAUUGCUUUCAAUUUUGCGGACAAAUUUAUGUACCAAAGAUCUUUCCUUGUAGAAAGUAGCGCUAAAUAGUAUCAAAAAUGUAUAUCCUGAAAAAAUGGCAAAAAAACUUAAAUGUAAUCGAUUAAAAAGUUAAUCCGCCUCACCAUGUAUUGAUAUCCUUUUUUUGCUAAUUUUUUAUAAAUAUAAAGUAUAUGUGUUAUUUGAUUUUAUAUUAAAUUUGUAGACUAAUUGGUGCUACAUAAUAUGUAUAGUUUAUUAUCUUUGUAAAUGUUUGUAAUUAAUUUAUUAUAAAAUAUGAUUUGUUAAUAGAAAAACGAACUUCUUGUACAGUGUAGAUAACUUGUGUAA